AUGUCCGCACUGCAAGAAGGCAAGGUCAAGAGCGUCCUCUCUGGCGACACCUUGAUUCUGCAAAACAAGGCCAAGCAGGAACGCACUCUUUCUCUGGCCUUCAUCAAUGCGCCUCGCCUGCAAUCCGACGAGCCUUGCAGCUUCGAAUCUCGCGACUUCAUUCGGAAGCUCACCGUUGGCAAGGUCAUCCGCUUCAGCGUGCUCUAUUCGAUCCCUCAAAAGGUCGGUGGCUCGUCACGCGAGUAUGGCGUUGUCCUUCUACCCGACGGUAAGCAGCUUCCCGAUUUGAUUGUCCAGGAGGGAUGGGCGAAACUGCGAGACGAUGCGGAGCGGAAGGCAGAAACACCAGCAGCAGCAGAGCUACUUGAGCGAUUGGCGGCACUCGAGGCACAUGCAAAAGCAGACGAGAAGGGAAUGUGGAAGCCAAAGGCGCUCUUUGUGCAGAACAUCCGAGAGAUACCUGAUCCCAAGGCAUUCGCAGAAGAGCAGAAGGGCAGGUCAAUCGAGACUGUCGUGGAGCGAGUCCUUAGCGGAGAUCGAUUGAUAGCCCGGCUCAUGAUCUCGCCCACGCAGCAUGUGCAAACGACUGUACUUGUUGCUGGUCUACGAGCACCUACGACUGCGAGGACGAACCCCAGCGAUGGCAGCACGCAGGCUGCGGAACCAUACGGAAACGAAGCGCAGGCAUUCGUGGAAGAGAGACUGCUUCAAAGAGGUGUGCAGGUGCGGAUACUGGGUGUGUCGCCGAACAACCUGCUUGUUGGUGAAGUACGGCACCCUGUUGGCAACAUCGCCGAGUUCCUGCUGAAGGAGGGCCUUGCACGAUGUGUUGACCACCAUUCGACAUGGCUUGGCGCCGAGAUGGGCAAACUUCGUCAGGCAGAGCGAUUCGCAAAGGAGAAGCAGCUCGGUCUGUUCCAGAGCGUUGCACCGAAGCGGACAGCUGGUAGCGAGCAAGAAGCCGUCGUCAGUAGAGUCUUCUCUGCGGACACCAUCUUCAUUCGCAAUAAGGCUGGCCAGGAGAAGCGAAUCAACCUCAGCAGUGUGCGACAGCCGAAGCCCACCGACCCCAAGCAAUCGCCAUUCGGCGCCGAAGCAAAGGAAUUCGCACGUAAGAAGCUUAUAGGCAAGCAUGUCAAGGUGACAAUCGAUGGCAAGCGACCUGCCACCGAAGGUUACGACGAGCGGGAGAUGGCUACCGUCACACAGAACGGUAAGAACGUCGCUUUGCUGCUUGUCGAGAAUGGAUACGCAUCUGUCAUUCGGCAUCGAAUGGACGAUACUGACCGCAGCCCGCUAUACGAUGAGUUGCUCGCGGCCGAGGAGGCGGCCCAGUCUGAGCAGAAGGGUAUGUGGUCGGCCAAGCCACCAAAGGUGCCAACAUACGUCGACUACAGCGAAUCACUCGAGAAAGCGAAGCGUCAACUCACCCUUCUAUCGCGGCAAAAGAAGGUACCUGCUGUUGUCGACUUUGUCAAGUCCGGCAGUCGAUUCACUGUCCUCGUCCCUCGCGAAAACGCCAAGCUCACCUUUGUCCUCGGUGGUAUUCGUGCUCCCCGAAGUGCUCGUGGAGCCAACGACACUGCCGAACCCUUUGGACAGGAGGCCCAUGAAUUCGCGGUCAAGCGUUGCAUGCAGCGGGAUGUCGAGAUCGAUGUGGAUGACUGCGACAAGCAAGGUGGCUUUAUCGGUACACUAUACGUCAACCGCGAGAGCUUUGCCAAGUUGCUCGUUGAGGAAGGUUUCGCAUCCGUCCAUGCUUACAGUGCAGAGAAGUCUGCCAAUGGCGCUGAGCUCUUCGCCGCCGAGCAAAAGGCAAAGGAUAUGAGACGCGGCAUGUGGCAUGACUACGAUCCAGCACAGGAGGCUGCAGAGAACGGCGGCGACUACGAAUACUCUGCUCCAACGAACGGCGUCAACGGCAAUGGCGAGGGUCCCACUAUCCAGCGCGAGAAGAACUACAAGGAUGUCGCCAUCACCUAUGUCGAUCCCUCCAAUGCACGUCUGAAGGUCCAACUAGGUGGUUCUGGCAAGGCAAACCUCGAUUCGCUCAUGAAGGAGUUCGCGUCUUUCCAUAUCUCUCCUGGUAACGGACAGCCACUUGCGCAACCUCCAAAGACUGGUGACAUCGUUUCUGCCAAGUUCACGCAAGACGGCGUAUGGUAUCGUGCUCGCGUUCGACGCAACGACCGUGAUGCCAAGACGUCAGAGGUUGUCUACAUCGACUACGGCAACUCGGAGACGCAGCCGUGGAGCGCACUCCGACCACUCGAGUCCUCGAAGUUUGGUACUCAGCGCCUCAAAGCCCAAGCCGUCGACGCCGCGUUCUCCUUCGUCCAAUUUCCCACCUCGCCUGAAUACCUCUCGGAGUCUGUCAACAUGCUCAACCACGUCUGCCUGGACCGGAACCUGAUUGCUAACAUCGAUUACUCCGACUCGCGCGACAACUUGCUAUGGGUGACGCUCCUGGACGAGAAGGCGCCUGAUCUCAACCAGAGCAUCAACGCCGAUGUCAUCACCGAGGGUCUCGCGAUGGUGCCGAGCAAGCUGCGGCCUUUCGAGCGCAGCGCCCCGAACGUCGUGGCGGAUCUGAAGAAGAGAGAGGCCGAAGCCAAGGCGGAGCGGAGAGGAAUGUGGGAGUAUGGUGAUUUGACUGAGGAUUAG